GAUAUAAAAUUACGACUGUUUUUAUCAAUACCGUACAUGUAUAUUUAUUUGUUGUCUGUUUGACCUCAGUGCAAAUCGUUCAGGGGCAAAACAAGCUGCUAGAUAGAUGUAGUUGUCAAUCUUGUCCGAGCGAGGGCGAAGGUGUACGACGCGUCCCGCAACUUGUAGAGAAACUAUUGCUUGCCCUUGGAGCGCAGAAUGUUGGGGAGACUCUGUUCUUCAACUGUCAGUUAAAUUCUCCGGGAACAUUUGCUUGAAAUCAUGCUGUGCGUCCUGGCAAGAACUGCGUCAAGGACGGCCCUGGUGAAGCCCUGCCGUCUACCGAGUCCGGUGGCGGUUGUCCAAAUUUCUGACCGGUCGGUGGUCCAUCAGGACAGUCUGCCAAAGUUGCCCGUUCCGCCGCUGAAGCAGACAUGUGCGCGCUAUCUGGCCGCGCUCGAGCCGCUGAUCUGCGAGGAGGAGAUGUCGCACACCCGCAAGCUCAUGGACGAGUUCCUGCGGUCCGGGGGUGUCGGAGAGAGACUGCAGAAGAGCCUCGAGCGCCGGGCGCGCAAAACCGAAAACUGGCUCUCUGAUUGGUGGAUGCAGGCCUACCUGGAUUCUCGCAUGCCAGUGGCAAUGUACACUAGCCCUGGGGUUGUCUUACCCAAGAUGCACUUCCAAGACCGUCAGGGACAAAUGAGGUUUGCUGCUAAACUCAUUGCUGGGGUUUUGGAUUUCAAAAGCAUGAUUGAUAGUCAAACAUUGCCUGUGGAAUAUUUGGGUGGCAAGCCUUUGUGCAUGGACCAGUACUACCAGGUGCUAUCGUCAUGUCGUAUCCCUGGACCCAAGAAAGAAACUGUAGUGAACUAUGCCAUUGAAAAGAACCCCCCUACGCACAUCACAGUGGUCCACAACUUUCAGUUCUUUGCUCUGGAUGUGUACAACAGUGAUGGUACUCCACUGACUGUUGAUCAGAUCUAUGUUCAGCUGGAGAAGAUCUGGAACACUUCCCUUCAGACCAAUAAAGAGCCAAUUGGUAUUCUGACUUCCAACCACCGUAACACGUGGGGAAAGGCCUACAACAACCUUAUCAAAGACAAGACAAAUAAGGAGUCAGUGCGAGCAAUCCAGAAGAGCAUCUUCACUGUGUGUCUUGACGCUCCAAUGCCACGGGUGUCAGAUGAGAUGUACCACAGCAAAGUGGCUGCUCAAAUGCUCCACGGAGGAGGCAGUCGCUGGAACAGUGGCAACCGCUGGUUUGAUAAAACACUGCAGUUCAUAGUUGGGGAGGAUGGAUCGUGUGGACUCACCUAUGAACAUGCUCCAGCUGAAGGACCUCCCAUUGUUUUCCUAGUGGAUCAUGUUGUCGACUAUAUGAAGAGAACAGAGAUGGUACGAACUCCAAUGAUUCCACUGCCAAUGCCACAAAAGCUCAGAUUCAACAUCACCCCGGAAGUCAAGAAGGACAUUGAGAAAGCCAAACAGAACAUGAACAUAAUGGUGCAUGAACUGGAUGUUCGAGUGCUCAACUUCUCACAUUACGGAAGGAAAUUUCCCAAGUCUCAUAAAAUGAGUCCAGAUGCAUUCAUCCAAAUGGCUCUACAGUUGGCCUACUACAGGAUGUAUCAGACAUGCUGUCCGACAUAUGAGAGCGCCUCUUUACGCAUGUUUAAACUGGGAAGAACCGAAGCCAUUCGUUCCACCACUACAGAGUCACUCCAGUUCACACAAGCCAUGGACGAUCCAUCAAAACAUAAUAGUGAGAAGGCAGCACUGCUUGAAAGGGCAAUCAAAGUCCACAGAGAGCAUACACACAUGGCCAUUCAUGGUCAGGGUAUAGAGAGGCACCUGCUGGGUCUGAAGAUGAUAGCCAUUGAGGAUCUGACAUCUCUGCCUGAGAUCUUCAUGGACACAUCCUUCGCUGUGGCUUCACAUUUUAAUAUGUUCACUAGCCAGGUUGGAUCAAAAACAGACUGUGUUAUGUGUUUUGGACCCAUGGUUCCAGACGGUUAUGGUAUCUGCUACAACCCCAUGGAUGACCACAUCAACUUUGCUGUUACAGCCUUUAAUAGCUGUGAGGAAACCAAUGCCACUAAACUGUCCCAGUUCCUAGAGGUUGCUCUUCUGGACAUGAAGGCUCUGCUGGAGAAGGUGUCUAAAACCAGUGAGUGAUGCUUCAUUAGUGGGAGAAGAAACUCAGGAGAAGGCCUGAUAACCAUUCAGACUGGAGAGGAAAACUGUUUUGGUUUCAGUGUCAUUAAACUGACAAAUAACACAUCUUUAGGCAAAAGGAAAUUACUUUUAAUAUCAAUUUAUGGACUAAAAGGCUACUAUAAUGACAAAUGGAGACAGCCAGAAACCGAUAUCAGAAGAAAUGUACGUUUGAAAAGGCCAUUUAUAUAGUCUGAUUCCACAUCAAGUUAAGGAGUUUCAUGGUAUUUUCACAGAUAGUAAGUAGGAGUGAUUAUGCAAACUAUAUAAGAGUCAUGCAGACUUUUUAUAAAUUGCUCUGAUGAGAGUCCUUCAGCUUUAUGUGGAAUUGUUUUAUUUGUAGAUGUGUUGUUCAAGUUGUUUAUUGAUUUCUUUGUGCUUUACGAUCUGCUGUAAACUUGUACAAAUAAUUGUCAGUUUACACAGACUUACUCAUGUUCAUUAAAAUAAAUAUACAGAAGCACUUAGAUAUGAACAAUAACUAGUACAUUUUUAUUUGCUUUUAAAUGAUAUGACAAAACAGACAGAAUACUUAAGAUUAUAUCUUUGAUAUAAAGUUAAUAAACCCUAUCAAUUG